AUGCUAGGACGCAACGUUUGUCUAGCGGCGUUUAUCGCUGUCGCGGCGCAGGUAACGACGGUGAACGCCGCAACGGCAGCGUCUUCAAUCUGCAGCAAAGUCGAGGAAUGCUACGUGAACGGAUCGUCGUCCAAGGUUUGCAACCGAGCAGAGAAGAAAUGCAACCGAUGCUUGAGUGAGAAGGAGAGCGAAUCGAUGUGGGAUAGCCUUGGCGCCUGGACCGAGUACAACUGCCACGCCUUCAACGACGAUGGGGAGUGUCCUAAAGGCACGACUCAGUGUCCUGCAACGCUACCGACAUCGGACGGCGAUGAAGAAGAGAGCAGCACAGGGUCGGAGGACGCAGGAACCUCGGAGGAGAGCUCCAAAUCGACCUCUAGCUCCACCAGGAAGAAGAAAACGACUUCUUCCUCUUCCGAUGACUCGUCCAAAUCGACUAGCAGCACUUCCACCAAGAAGAAAUCCACGACGGCGUCGUCUUCAAGUGAGUCUGGCAGCGACGACAGCUCAUCGAAAACAAAGAAGCCCGUUACUAAGAAGACCACAAAGCCGGCUACCAAGUCUUCGUCGUCUAGCAGCGAGAGUUCGUCGGGAGAUUCCUCCAGUUCCUCAGCCUCAGCUAGCGACUCUACCGGCUCGUUCGGGUCUGAAACUUCCUCUGCUUCUGCAUCGGCAGAAUCGAACUCGACGCUGCAAAACUCGGCUGUGUCGCAAGACGAGCACCCAAAGACGAGCAGCGUGAGCGCCACUGUUGCUCCGACGACCACGGCGGCCGCACAGGCCGCAACGGCGGAAUCGACCACUGACAACUCCAAGAAUUCCAACACUCAGAGCGGCAACUCGGACGCUGGAGGAAGCAAAUUGGGCUUGAUUGCGGGCAUUGCAGGUGGCUCUUGUGUGUUGGUAGCUGUCGCGGCUUUUGUCGUCUGGAAGAAGAAACAGGACGAUGAGGACUCGGACGACGAGGAUUCGGCCUUCUCGCCCAACAAACCUGCUGCUAACCGUAACGUGUCUGCGCUGCCGUCCGCUUCGUCAGCGACCACGGCGUAUACAGCUCAGUCCAACAACUACGGCAACAACUACGGCAACAAAUACGAAAGUAAUUACAACAGUAACUACGACAGCAACUACAGCAGCAACUACAGUAGCAACUACGGUGACAGUGGAUAUAGUAACAACUACACUGCGACGCAGUAUGCUGCUGGUGCCGGCGCUGCCGCUGGAACGGUUCCAGUGAGCUACGGGAGUCCGGCCUCGAUCGAUAUCGACGACGAGAACCACAUCCGUCGCACUGACAGCAUUCUGGGCGGCACUGGCGUCAUGUCGAGCACCAUGUCGAGUGAACAGACUCCGUUCGAGUUCAGCGGCGGCCCCAGUCCUGCCAACCAAGACGUGUGGGGCAACGAGGCCGACAGCUUCCGCCAGAAACGCACAGCGAGCAACGUGUCCGUGGAGUUCUAG